AUGGUUCCGCAAGGAGUACUGCUUGCUGUAUUCGCCGUCGCAUCCGUUCUUAUGAUCACUUCAUUGCAUCAUAUCGAAGAAGGUCAUGUCGGAGUGUACUUCAGGGGUGGAGCAUUGCUUUCGAAGGUCAGCGCUCCAGGUUAUCACCUAAUGGUACCUUUCGUUACGUCCUACAAGAGUGUCCAGGUCACGUUACAAACGGAUGAAGCGAAAAAUGUUCCUUGUGGAACAAGUGGAGGCGUUAUGAUAUAUUUUGACCGUAUUGAAGUCGUGAACAUCCUCAGUGCUAACAGUGUCUAUGACAUUGUGAAGAACUACACAGUAGACUACGAUAAACCACUGAUUUUCAACAAAGUCCAUCAUGAAGUGAACCAGUUCUGUUCGAGUCAUUCCCUCCAGGAAGUCUAUAUUGAUCUGUUUGACCAAAUAGAUGAAAAUUUAAAACUGGCCUUGCAAGAGGACUUAACAGUAAUGGCGCCUGGGCUUUUUGUUCAAGCGGUUCGCGUAACGAAACCGAAGAUCCCUGAAGCGAUUCGACACAACUACGAACAAAUGGAAGCCGAGAAAACGAGGCUUCUGGUAGCUACUCAACAUCAAAAGGUCGUUGAAAAGGAGGCAGAAACGGAACGGAAAAAGGCAGUCAUCGAAGCUGAGAAGAAGGCUCAGGUGGCAGCAAUAAUGCAAAAGCAGACGAUUUCCGAGAAGGAAACCCAAAAAAAGAUCAACCAACUCGAAGAUGAGAGUCACCUCGCGUCUCAAAAGGCCAAAGCUGAUGCUGAGUUCUACAGAAUACAAAGGGAAGCCGAGGCUAAUCGAGUUUUGCUCACUCCGCAGUAUCUGGAGCUGAAGCGAAUCGAAGCUAUUGCCAGGAAUAACAAGAUCUUCUACGGGCAGGAUAUCCCAAGUGUAUUCCUUCUAACCAUUUGUUCCCAUCAAUUCCUUGCUCUGUGA